UUGUAUUAGUGUUUUAUGGUAUUUUGUACUUCCAGGCACACUUUGAAACUACAGCUUUUUAUUUUUAUAGGAGAUUUCACAACUUUUCACUUCACUGUGGAACCAACUGACUUGGUUGUUGUGAAAGAUAGUCCUGCAAUUUUAAAUUGUCAAGUGGAAGGAUCACCGACUCCCAAAAUUGAAUGGAAAAGAGAAGGAACAGUAUUACAGUUUAUUGGAGACAAAAGACGGUCAAUUUUAGAAAAUGGUUCUUUAUACUUCAGUAAUAUUCAUCAUACUAGAACAGAACGGCCAGAUGAAGGUGUGUACCAGUGUAUGGCAACAAUUGAUAAUUUGGGAACAAUUGUUAGCCACUCAGCAAAACUGCAAGUUGCAUCAUUACUUAGGUUUGAAGAAGAGCCACAGGAUGUGACUGUAUUUCCAGGCCAGACUGCAUACUUUCCUUGUACUAUCCAGGGAAUUCCACCACCUGACAUAAUAUGGCUCAAAGAUGAACAGCCUUUAAUGUUAGACUUCACACGAAUGGUAAUUCUCCCUAGUGGUGCUUUAGAGAUUGACCUCGUGCAAAUUUCAGAUUCAGGCACUUAUAAAUGCAAUGCUUCCAACAUUGUUAAGUUCCGAAUCAGUUCAGGAGGAACAUUAACAUUAAGCCUGGAUUAUGGUAAAGCCAACAUAAUAACAUCUCCUCAGUUUAUUGCAAUUCCAAAGAGUGUUGUAGCCACAGAAGGUAGUAAUGUAACAUUAGACUGUGGAGCCAAUGGAAAUCCUCGACCUCAACUAACUUGGUUGAAAAAUGGUGCCACUAUUGAUCUUGCUCUUCUGGACAGUCGUUUUCAUACUAUCGGUGUUGGGAGCCUUCAGAUUGAAAAUAUUGAUGAAGAGGAUGCAGGCACUUAUAUGUGUCGUGCUGAGAAUCAUGCCGACUCAGAGGAUGCAAGUGCUACUCUAGAAGUACAAGUGCCACCUCAUUUUGUAAAACGACCAAAGAACAAAUAUGCUUAUGAAAAGGAAGAUAUUGAAUUUGAAUGUGAAAUUUAUGGAAAACCAGAACCCAGUCUUCAGUGGAUAAAAAAUGGUGAUGUCAUUAUUCAGAGUGAAUACUUCCAAAUUGUAAAUGGGUACAAUCUCCGUAUACUUGGACUAGUGCAGUCAGACAUGGGGCUUUAUCAGUGCAUUGGUACAAAUCCUGCUGGAAAUAUCCAGGCAUCUGCCCAGCUUAUCAUUUUAAAUCCAGAAUCUCCCACUACCCAUGCUUCUGUUACUAUCUCUCAUUCAAAUAACAACUUAGGAGGCCUCCCAAAGAAUAAGGAUGUGCCCUCUGCACCACGCCAGUUGUCAGCAGUUAUAGUGUCUACCCGUUUCAUCACUCUUUCAUGGCAGGAGCCAGUGAAGACAAAUGGUGUCAUCUUUGCCUAUUCUGUGUACUAUAAAGAGGGGUCAUCUGCAAGAGAGAGAGUUCUGAAUACUACGUGGCCAAGACUAGAGGACAUAAGUGUACAAGGACUUCAACCUUCAACACGCUACAUUGUACGAGUUGUAGCUUAUAAUCAACAUGGGCCUGGUGAAAGCUCAGAAAAAAUAACAGUUCAGACACAACCAGAAGUCCAUGUUCCAAGUCCAGCACGUGAUCUUCAGGCUUCUCCAGAAUCACCAACAUCUAUUUUUGUUCAGUGGGUUUCUCCAGACAAACUCAAUGGUCCAAUUGAAAAAUAUAAGCUAUAUUACAUGAAAGUAGGGACAUCUGAAGAGCAUGAAAUUACCACACAAAAAAACAGUUAUCUGUUACAAUCACUUGAGAAAUAUACAGAGUAUAGUUUCUGGGUUGUGGCAUUUAAUCAGAAUGGGCCAGGAAUCAGCACAGAAGAAGUAACAGCAAGGACCUACUCAGAUACUCCAGAUGAUACACCACAAAAUGUCACCAUUGAAGCUGCAAGCUCAACUAGUAUCAUUGUUCGAUGGCAACCUCCUCCUAAGGAAUCACAAAAUGGCAUUAUCACUGGCUAUAAGAUCCGAUAUAAGUUAAAGGGCAGUCGUAGAGGAGACACCGUUACCACUGAUGGUAACAGAAGAUUGUAUGCUUUAACAGGCUUGGAACGAGGUGCACGAUACAGUAUUAAAAUUGCAGCUCUAUCCAUAAAUGGUAGUGGUCCAAGUACUGACUGGUUUUCAACAGAAACGUUUGAAAAUGAUUUAAAUGAAUUGGUAGUUCCUGAUCGUCCACAAAGUGUUCGUGCACGACCCACUACUAAUUCUAUUUUUGUGAGUUGGACACCACCAAGAAAUCAAAAUAUCAUGAUUAGAGGCUAUACCAUUGGAUGGGGAGUUGGUUUUCCAGAUGUAUAUUCUAAAGUUCUUGAUGGCAAGCAACGAUACUACACUAUUGAAGACCUUCAACCUUCUUCAGAAUAUGUUAUAAGUUUAAGAGCAUUCAAUCAAGUUGGAGAUGGUCGACCAAUAUAUGAUACAGUGCGAACCUUGAUUGAAAGCACUCCUGAACCUUUGACUCCAAUGCUUCCACCUGUGGGGUUGAAAGCAAUUGUUCUGUCAUCUUCCACUGUUGUUCUUUAUUGGACUGAUACUACACUUCCCCGAAAUCAGCUGAUUACAGAUAAUAGAUUUUAUACUGUACGCUAUGCUCCAUAUGAUUAUUCUGGCCACUUGCAUUACAAACACUAUAAUUCUACUGACCUGAACUGCAUGAUUGACAACCUGAUGCCUAACACACAGUAUGAAUUUUCUGUGAAAGUUGUUCUUGGCCGCCAGGAGAGCACAUGGAGUAUGAGUGUCCUCAACACCACACAGGAAGCUGCUCCUGCAUCUCCUCCUCAAGACCUUACUGUAGUUCCUUUGGAUGAUGAUUCCUCAGUCAUUAAUCUUCAUUGGCAACCACCAAAACAACCAAAUGGAGUUAUUACAGGCUAUGUAAUUUUCUAUACCACCGACAACACCCAGAAGGAUAUAGACUGGGUGGUUGAAGGAGUAGUUGGAGAUAAAAUGACUACUACUCUUAGAGGUUUAGCACCAGAUACUACUUACUACUUUAAGAUACAAGCUCGUAACAACAAAGGAUAUGGUCCUUUGUCAUCUGAGGUUAUUUUUCUGACUGGGUCAAGUUUUACUAGGACAGCAGGAGCAACUUACUAUGAUGGAGGUGGACUCGCCAACAACAUGCUGUACAUUAUUAUAGCUUGUGUAUCAAGCAUUACUUUACUUGUUAUAACCAUAGUUAGUGCAUUUGUUUGUCGACGACGCCAGGUGCACCUUGAACAAGGACAAAAUAAAAGUGCCAAAACAGUAGUUAAAAGUAUGGGAGUAAAUAAAGAUCUUAAGCCACCAGACUUGUGGAUUCAUCAUGAUCAAAUGGAACUGAAACCUUUAGAUAAAGGGCAUAGUACUGCAACAACUAUGACUGUUACACCCAUUCCACGUAACUCACAAGACCUAAAUAGUGGACCUAUGAUCAGUACUCUGGAAAGAAAUACAGGAUCUUCAUAUAGAGACCCUUCCCUUGAGGAUGACAUUAAAACCAUAGACAAAUCCUCCCUGUCCUUGAAGGCUGUAAGAGCCAAACCCAUAAUGAUUCCUGUUGAUUCUCAAAAGCCACACCCAAAAGAGCGUGAGUAUAAAAAACAUGAAGUAAAAAAAAUUAUCUAACUUUAUUAAAACUUUUGCAAAAGCAAUACAACUGCCACAAAAAG